AUGGUCGCCGAAGGCCAGGUCUAUGAAGUUCUCGUCCGCAACAAGCGUGGAAAGACCAAAAUUGCCGAUGAGGCCAUAGCCCUCCAAAUCAAAAAUGUCACUAUCGAAAGCGGUACUCUUAUAUUCGAGGGAAUAAAACUCGUGCCAAACUCAGAUACAUCCAAGCCACACGACCAAGUCACUUAUACCAAAGUCGACCAGCAAAUCGAAGCGCUUGACAUCCUAGCUGGCACUUUUGGAGCUCUUCGUGCUGUGCCUUCGACUACCAGCCCUGGAACGCAGCCCAAAGGUAGCUUUGGCAUCUUUGAGAAGGCCAGUGGUAACCUGAUCGGAGAGUUUUCGUACCCAUGGGAAGGUAGCCCGACCAAGAAGAUUGGGAACUUUGUUGCGCAGGAAGAAUCUGAUAACACUCUUCUGUAUACCUCGGGGAAUUUUGACGUGUCUGCGGAAAGAUUCAUUCAGAAAGCCAAGUAUCCGGAAGUUCUUAUUGUUGGUUCUGGACCACUUGGUGCUACUUAUGCCAGAAAAAUCAUUGAGGCGGAUCAUGAGGUUCUCAUGGUGGAGAUGGGAGCGCAGGAGAGCAGUGUCGUUGGUAGACACAAGAAGAACGCUGUUGGGUUCCAGAAAGAUAUUGAUAGCUUCGUAAAUGUCAUUAAGGGAGACCUCAGCACCCUUUCAGUCCCCGUCCGAGAGCGCUACACUGCAACACUCAGUCCCAUUUCCUGGAACCACAGCAAGGCAUUCACUCGUAACGGUCAGAAUCCAGACCAAAAGGAGUUCGACAAUCUCGGUGCCGCCGCAGCGACCCGCUGUGUUGGUGGUAUGGGAACCCACUGGACCUGUGCAACACCCCGCCAGCACAAGACCCUUGAACGUUCCACGAUCUUCACGAACGAUGAGUGGGAAACGCUUUAUGACGAGGCCGAAAGGUAUCUUGGAACUUCCCGUGACCAGUUCCAGCCAUACUCGAUCCGUGAUCAGUUGGUGAAGUCAAAGUUGGAGAAAUCCUUUGAUGUCUUGUUCCCCAACCCUGAUCCGGAGAAAAAGAGAAAAGUGUUGAGUUUACCGUUGGCGUGCAAGAGAAAUACAGACACGAACCCUGAUUUUGUUACCUGGGCUGCCUCAGACACUAUUCUUGGUGAGACGGUAAAUAGCGAGAAAUUCCACUUGAUGAGUGAACACCAGUGCACCAAGGUACUUUAUGAUGAAAACAGUAAGAACGUUGUUUGUGCGACUAUCAAGAACAUCGCGGGCAAGGGCCGCUUCUACGUAUUUGCGAAGAAGUAUGUCAUCUGUGGAGGUUCAGUCUUGACACCUCAGAUUCUUUUCAACUCUGGAUUCAGGCCUGUCGAAGGAUCCCUCCCAGCUCUGGGUCACUACUUGACAGAGCAAACAAUGUCGUUCUGUCAAAUUAUUCUCAAGGAUGAGUUUGUCCAGGAAGUCGAGAACACCACCAACCCAGAAUGGAAGAAAAAGGUCGACGCACAUAGGCUGAAGCAUCCUGAAGACCCUCUUCCUUUCCCAUAUAACGACCCCGACCCGCAGCUCACGACUCCUGUCACCGACGAUCACCCAUGGCACACGCAAAUUCAUCGUGACGCCUUCUCCUAUGGAGAGGUUGCACAGUCUCUAGACUCCCGUCUUGUGGUCGACUUCCGUUUCUUUGGAAUGGUGGACAUUGUGAAGGACAACCGUGUUGAAUUCAGCACCCACAUUCGUGACCAUUUCCACAUGCCGCAGCCAACCUUCCAUUUUACUCUCGGAGAGGGAGAUUGUGAGCGGUCUCAUAGAAUGAUGCAGGAUAUGUGCACCGUCGCAACCCAGGUCGGAGGCUAUCUUCCGGGCUCCGAGCCACAAUUCAUGGAGCCAGGUUUGGCUCUCCAUAUCUGCGGUACUACCAGGGCUGGUGCGGAUGAUAAGGACUCGGUUGUAGACAAGUUCUCGAAGGUCCACAAUACCACUAACCUGUACUUGGGUGGUAACAACGUGAUUCCCACGAGGAACGCUUGUAACCCAACUUUGACAAGUAUGUGUUUCGCCAUCAAGGGUGCGGAACAGCUGAUCUCAGAGUUGUGA